AUGGCAACUCGAUGCAUACCUCAGGUUGGUUCUUCUCGGAAAUACGGGAUCUGGCAAGAGCGCAACUGGAAACACCAGUUCCUGUCAAAACUCAGUGCCAGCUUAGUGACCCGGGAAUGUCAGUGUGGGAGCACUGAGCCAGCAGAAGGUCAUGACCAGCAGAUACUGAGGCGACUUACGGUGGUUGACAUGCCGGGCUUCGGGGACACUUGCCUCAGUGAGGAGCAGAUUUAUACAGAAAUGGUUAAGUGUCUGUCUUUCUGUGCUCCUGGGCCGCACGCUUUUCUCUUGGUGGUGCCGAUUGGUCCUUAUACAGAGGAUGCGGACCAGUCUAUUCUCAAUCUGGCCAAAAUAUUUGGAGAUGAUGCCGUCAAAUACCACACAGUGGUUCUUUUUACCAAGUGGGAUCAACUUCAAGGCAUGGAGUUCGACGAAUACCUCAGUGACCGCGCAAUGGCUAUAACUAAGGCCACUGGUUAUUUCAUAUGCAAAGACCUCCAGCCUUAUAGCAUGGUGGACAACGACCGUUUCAGACAGCUCGUGCACGUUUUGGAACCCAGGUAUAAAAUACCGGACAGGUCUGUGUUCACUUACAAACAUAUUCCCAAUCUGUACAACAAACAUCGUGUCGCCAGAAAAUUCCAUGUAUCGUUUAAGUAUCGCAUCGCUGGUAGUGCAUCAAGAUGUGUAUCAAAUCUCCUCAGUGCUGAGAUUCACAUCCCUAACGAAUACCUGAGAGAUUCUCCUGCUGCACUUAGGAAUCUCAUUGACAAGUGCGGAGGUAGGUACCAAGUGUUCAACAAUCUUCAAAACUCCAAUAAUCCGGCGCAGGUUCAAGAACUCCUAAGUAAGGUGGACAGCAUGGUGAAGCAGAGUAAAAGCGGGUUUUAUAGCAACGCUAUGUUCGAAGAGGCCGAGGCUAUCAGGGAAGAGCAGAGAAGGAUAAUGUUGGAGAACAAGCGCAGGGGAAGCAGCGGAGCCUCGGAGCAAAUGAGGGAAGAGGCCGUUCGCUCGUCACGUGUGCUGGAGAGGUUGACGCGCGUGGUGGUGACUGGCGUCAUCGGACUGACAGUUGGAAUUGCCUUUGGCGUAAGUCUGACCCCGACAGUGGCCGCGGCGGUCUCAGGAAAGACCGCUAUGGCUCUGGGGGCAGCGAUUGGUGGUGCGAUCAGAGUCGUCGCUGGUUCAGAGGCAAAGAGUUUCAAGGAGGGAGCAUCCGAUACUAUUGAACUGGUUGUUCGUGUCGGAGGUUUGGCUCUUCAGGCUUCCUUAGGUGUGGGGGCUUGCUUGGGGGCUUGCUUGGGGCCAGCCCCCCCCAGUUGGAACUUUAGCUGCGGAAACGGGGCAGCAAUAGUUCAGGACACUGUGGCAGCUGCGCCUGUUGCAGCAGCAAGAUAUCCUGUCCAAGAUACACUCACUUCGGUUGGAAAGGCUGUGGCAGCGGUAACCGUAUCAAGUACCGCUGCCAUGGAAAUCAUCAAAUGUAAAACCAAAGACUCAGAAAAAACUACUUCUCGUGGAAAAAAUGAACACGAACAGUGUGCCUCUGACUAUCUCUAAAAUAUUGUCAGAAAAUGACAAUGCUGUUUUUUUCAAUACUUAUAUUGUUUUGUUUGAGAUUGAAACGCAGUUGAACAAAAUCGAAAUACAAAUUGUUUCAUUUGUAAAGAAACUGAAGAGAUCCCAGUGAUUUAUUUUUGUUUCGUUUUUUUUAAAGGUAUUUCCUAUAUACUGUAUUGUUAAUGUACACAGUGCCUCCUUUUUGUGAUCAACCAAGUGAUGCCAAAUGACAAAUAAAUACAUUAUUAAAGACAUCUGGUCAUCUAGUUUUCUUUCUAUACCAGACUGUUUUUUUUUUUAAUCUGUGUCAUUUCAUCUUUGAGCAUUAUUGUUUUUUUGUUAAAAAUGUGCUCGGGUGGUGUGGACGUCAUAGACAAUGCAAGUUAUGAUGUGAUUUGGUUUAUUUCACCUGAUAACGGACUUUUUUUUUUAAUCCUUUUUAAUUUGCGUCAACCUCCGCUGAAAUCAGUAAUGGCAUUUUUUUUAACAAUGAUUUUUUUUGCCUCUUGUAAAAAUGUCCCUUGUUUCAAAUCGUACAGCUGUACGUAAACGCAUUCCAUAAUAAACGUUUGACUGUUUAACAAUUCA